GGACAGUCAUGGCGGCCCUCUGUCCAGGUGUUCAGUAUGGUUUAUCUUCUCAACAAAAUUUUGGUGAAAACAAAGACUUAAUAUUUGUGAGAUUAACGGAUUCCGCAUUACGUGCAAUAGAAGAAUUUCUCAAAAAUCAGAAUAAAUUUAGUCAGACUCCUACAAUUAAGUUCCUAGGAAAUGAAAAUGGGGAGCUUCAGUUUCCAUCGAUCCACCACCAGAGCGGCGCGACCUCGUUCUCGUUCUCCAUGUCUUCGACCGCCGACAUGGAGGGCCCGGGCGGCAGCUUCGAGUGCGUGCAGCAGAUCGGCACGCCGCGCGGCUCGCUCGAGUGCCUCGGCCCCAUCUCGCACAAGAUCAGGGUGCAGGCGAACGAAGACGUGUACGAGGCGACGCGAACGCGCAUGACCGAGGCCGAGGACAAGUACAAAAAUAAAUGCACAAGAGAAAUAAAACCGAACCAGACGGACAUCGGGCGCAAAGUGAAGGUGAAGCAGGCGCCGGGCAUGGGCAUGCGCAUGCAGCAGCCGGCGCCGCCGGCCGCGCGCCGCGAGGUGCCCCUGAUGCGCGACACCCUGCUCAAAGGUUCGACGGUGACGCCGUACACGAUGCCUCCGGCGCAGCAGCAGCAGCAGCAGCAGCAGCGGGAGCGCGAGCAGCCGUCGUCGUACAACUCGUCCGGAUCGCCCGUCAACAAGAUGACGAACGGAGGCGGCGCCCUGUCGAACGGUCUGGGCAGCAACCACGUGAGCAGCUCGCGCCCGCAGCUCAACAAGCCGUCCGUGCCGGAUAUCGCGCGGAGACCGCUCAAAGAACGUUUAAUACAUCUACUCGCGUUGAGGCCGUUCAAAAAGGUUGAACUGUAUGAACGGUUAAUGAAAGAGGGCCUGCGUGAGAAGAACGGAAUGACGUCCGUGCUGAAGCAGAUCUCGUUCAUGAAAGACAACUGUUUCCAUCUGAACAGGGCCAUGUGGAACGAGGUCCAGGACGAUUGGCAGUUUUAUACAGAGUCUGAGAAACAAGUGCUUAAAAGGCGGAAACCGCAAAACCUGACGCCGCCUGGCAGCAGCGACGGCGGCUCGUCGGGCAGCGGCCAAUCGCCGACGAGCACGCACCCCGGCUCGCCGCCGCUGUCGAUAUCGUCGUCGUCGUCUUCGAAGAGGCCGCCGCCCGGCUACGGGCACCACGAUGGCAUCGAUCCGCUGGUGCCGCCCAACAAGCGCCCGCGCAUCUCGCACUACCGCAAGCCGGGACCGCCGGAGGCGCCUGCGCCGUACGCCCGCCCGCCGCCGCCCGAGCAGAACGGACAUCGUCGCCCGGCGACGGACUCGCGCGACUCCAGCAACAUGAACCCGCGCAGCAGGGAAUCCCCGCCGACCACCACCAACAACGGGCAUUUCGGCUACGCGAACGGUACCAACGCAGGCGACAAGCGGCAACAAUUCAGCGACGACGAGGACGUGAUCGGCAGCAAGAAACGUUCAUGUGAUAGUCAUAGUUUAAGCUUCGGCGUCGGCCGCGACAAACCGCCAGCGUUCAACAACUCAUCGAAAUCGAUAGCGGCGGCGGCGGAAGAAUUCGCCGCCACCACCACCUCGACGACGACGGCCCGCAAAGACCCGAAGAUCGGCGGCGGCAACGGACUUAGUAAUAACGGAUUCACUACGAGUAACAAUAGACUUAAUAAGUUAGACAAUGAAAGGAACAAAUACAGCAACAAAGUGAGCUCGUCCACGCAGCAGAAUAACAGGAUUGCGAGAGUCAGCCCUGACAGCCAGACGGAGAUUUUGCCGGCAGAUCUCGAUCAGCCCCGAAACAACAAAACUCAAAGAAAAAUCGAGGAGGAAGAAUUUCCCGAUUACGAAACUGACUUUACUCCGAUACAAAGCAUAGAACAGCGGCGCCGAUAUAAGGCGGAAUUCAACGCCGACUAUGCCGAAUAUCGAAAUUUGCAUGAAGUAGUCGAGGAGGUGUCGCAAAAAUUCAAGCAGUUACAAGAGAGGCUCAAGCAAGUGCGGGAAACGAGCCCAGAGUAUAAACAAUUAAAAAAUCAAAUAACCAAGGAAUACCAGAAGAACAAAAGCGACGCGGCGCACCAGCGCGCCAGCAAGCGCUUCUACUACCUGUACGGAAAGCUAUCUCACAUCAAGCGUCUGGUCUACGAGUACGACCAGAACGUGCGCCAAGACGGUCAGUACUGACGCUGGGGGGCGGCCCGCGGGCCCCUCAGUCCCCCCGCAGCAACGACGACCCAACACCGCCCCCCGUUUUUCGCCGCCGCCGCCGCCGCCGCGCCGCCACUGCAAUCGGACGACGAAGCUACAUCACGGAACAUUUAAUUUUCCUCCCGGUAUCGAUUCAAAUGCGCAAACGACAAAAAAAAUAUCGAUGCCGAAUAACGAGUGGAACAGUUUGCUGAUGCUUUUCUCAACACGAUACAAACGAAAGCGAAAAUUUUGUGUUUGCAAGUGUUUGUUUUUCUUUCGGAGCUGGAAUGGAAAUUUGUUCUUAAAAAGUUGUGUUAAUUAUUGAUUUAUCAGUUUGGUAAUGUGCAACAAUGACUGUCGAUGAGUGCGGCUAAGUGUUUAGGACUAUUGUUUAUUAUUAUUAUUAUAAUUAUUAAUUGUUGUUAAUUUGUUCAAACGCGCAUGGAUCUGGAUUAUGGAUAUCGGCGAUAACAUCUACUAAAUAAAAUUUUGAAGAAAACCAAUAAAAAAAUGGUUGAUCAAAUCGAGUUUGUGAUAUCCUCUAGUUCCAUCCUUGAAGAAGGCUCAAUUAGUUCCUUUGGAGGAUAAAAUAUGUUGGAUAAUUAAUAAUUAACAUUUUACUAUUAAAAAGGUCUAAACUUUAAUUUUAGUAUAUAUCCAUUUAUUUUAAUAAAAAAGCGAUUUUAGGGGGAAAAACUAAAGCAAUAUUUUUUAGAGCAAGCACAAAAAUUAUGGAGUAUAUUGGAAAUUUAAUUAAGGAAUUGAUAUAAAAUAAAAAUUUGCUCUAAUCAUAUUGUUUAGCUUUUACGAAAUUAAGAAUACGAUAUGCUUUUAAUGGAGACUUUAGACCAUUUUAAUAAUUUUUGUUUUAUAUUUUUACGGCACAGUCAAAUCCAGAAAAAAUAUUAACAUAUCCAAAAGUCCAUAUUUAAUAAUAGCCCUUCCAAACUGAUCCAAAAGUCAUAUCUAUUUUAUUCAAUUUUAAUUAAAUGACAUAUCUUCAAAUGAUAUUUUUUUCACUGAGGUAUAUAAAUUUCGAGUUUUUUCUUAAUAAUGGUAAAUUCACUACUUUAUGAUUUUUAUUUAAUUCUUAUGUACAAAGUAUCUAUUAUGUUAACUAUCUUUUAGAUUUUGUUGGAUUUUUUAUCAUUUUUUGUCAAUUAUUGUUACAAUUAUUGUUGACGUUAUUAAAUAGAAUGGCGGUACCUUCGUGGUAUUUUCUAGGCAAUUUGUUUAUAGUUUAAAAUUGACCAUUGUAUUGUAUAUUUGCCAUUUAUAAACAGUUACCAUUUGUUCACAUACUUAUUGUUUCCAUUUUAUUUUUUACUUCUUGACAUUUUGGCAUGCUUCCGAAAAUAAUUUAUUUAAUCUUAAUCUGUGCCAAACAUUUUUUUUUGAUAUUCUUAAUUAAAAAAUUGUUUAAGCCAAUUUAUACACCUGGUAUAAUAUAUUAUCAAUUUAUCAGUAAUUGAUUAUUAGUUUGUAUGUUAGGGAAAAUCAAAAAAAUGUAAGAGUAAUUCUAUUUAUUGAUUUAUUUUUGUUUUAUUAAUUUAUUUACAUCCCAAUUGUUAUCAAUUAGCCAUAUCUGCAGAAUUACAUAUUUUUUACUGUUAUUACCACUUGUGCAAUCAAGUAUAAUAGUUUAUUCCUACUUGGAUAAUCAGGUGAAUUACAAUCAAAAAUAAAAUCAAUUUGGAAAUUUUAGGGUAUUAAAAUUGUAGUAGGUAAAAAUAUUUUUA